UCCAGUUGGGACCAACAGCUGAGAGCUUCACUCCCAGGGUCUGUCCUUGUAAUCCUACCCAAGCCCCAUGAUGCACUGGGGGGAGGGUUUCUACGGCGACUCUGACAGUCAACAAACAUGGCCGACGCUGCAGGGAGCUCUGAGCCACAUGAACGUUCCCGCUCCCACAUCCCAACGUUCUCAGCCGGACAUCCCAUGAUCCCCAAACUGUACGUGAUGCCAUGGAAACAGGACAUGAAGAACCAGAGGCUGCUGAUGAAGAACGCAGCUCUGGCUGGGAUCCCUGUGCUUCCUCUGGAGGAGUCUUUGUGUUUUUGUGGUUGGGAGCGUCUCUGCCACAGCCAGCGCUCCACCCAGACCUCCUCCUCCUCCUCCUCCUCCUGGGCUCCUCUCAGCCAGACAGGACUGACAGCUCAUCACUCCUCCCACUUCUCCAGGUACAACAGCUCUGUGGUGACGACCAGACGGCUUUACCAAACCUGAGGACAGAUCAGUCCUUCACCACAAACACUUCACACACACGUGUUUAACGUGGUUUCAGCUGCAACACAAAUCUCAUCGAUAAUAGUUUAAUGAACCUGUGAACCAGUUUCCAUCAUUCCUCUUGACUGAGUGAUGAAUUCAACUCUUUUUCAGCUUCUUUUUAAUUUUAUCUCUGGAAGUCUUGACACCUUGAUGCAUAUGUGAGGAUUAUUGGAAUAAACAUCUCUGAAAGACA